AUGGUUCCUCCGCUGGCAAAUUUGCACCUCGAUGUUGAGGCUAUUUCAGGAAUUUGCGGCUCCAUCUCAAUCGCAUGCUGGGUCAUCGUUUUCACACCUCAGCUUAUCGCGAAUUGGAGGUCCAGCUCUGCCGAGGCAUUGUCUGUUCAGUUCAUUAUCGUGUGGUUAAUUGGAGAUGUCUUCAAUAUCGCCGGCGCCGUCCUUCAGAGUGUUCUGCCAACCAUGAUUAUUCUGGCCGUCUACUAUACAUUGGCUGAUAUAGUCCUUCUGGGCCAAUGUUUUUACUACCGAGGAUUCACAUGGCGCGACGAACCUGCUACACCUACCCCUAAACCGUCGCCCCAGUUCAACAUCAACGCAACCGAACGGACGGCCUUGUUAGGCGAUUACGAGCACCGAGAGCGUCGUGGAUCUGACUGGACUGGUCUAUCACUCACUGUUCCUCAUAUUUCUCACGCCGAGCCGCCUCCACCCCCGCCCAGUGCAUUGCAGACUUUGAUCUGGAAUAUGUCCAUCAUCCUCAUGGUUUGCGCCGCCGGCGUCUUAGGUUGGUGGCUGGGAGAAUCGGCGACAAGUACGGAUAAGGAACCCAAAGCCGGCGGAGAAGAUGCUAUUGAAUUCAAUCUUCUGGGGCAAGUUUUCGGCUAUUUGUGCGCUGUCUUCUAUAUUGCCUCUCGGGUGCCACAGCUCAUCCUCAACUACCGCCGCAAGACGACUGAAGGCUUAAGCAUGCUCUUCUUCAUCUUUGCAUGCCUUGGAAACGUUACGUACGUAUUAUCAAUCUUUGCCUACGAGCCUGAGUGCCGGCGUGAAGAGUGCAAGCCCGGUGAAGCGGGGCGCAUUUACGGUAGAUACAUGCUUCUCAACCUAAGUUGGUUGGCAGGCGCCAUGGUCACUCUCUUAAUGGAUCUCAUUGUCUUUGGCCAAUACUUUUACUAUAACAGGAACGAAACGGAUAAAGAGGCCCGUUGCUGUGAUGAGGCAAAUACUGGGGGCGUUCUAGAAGAAACUUACUAUGAUCAGAGGCCGUUGCUUCAACGAACUGACUCUGGAUUUCCGUAA